AGGAAAAGGAAAAGUGUCCACGGAUCGAAGUUGCCGCCAAUUCUGUCAACGUCAAGACCUUGCACUUGACUACCACCAGACGAGCGCGUCGUCUCCCACAACGCACUCUGUACGUCGAACGUUGGCAAACACAUCGCGAUCGUUGUCCUGAUCGCUUAUCAUACUCCUUUUUGGCCGGAAUGCCCCCCAAGAUCCGACCCGAUGGCGAUGCCGCCAACCACUCCUCUAUCCAUUAUCUAUCCUUUCAAUGAUACGAUAAGCCUCGAACUGGACUCUCGUUCUAAAAAACCAGUUUACUUGGAGUAAACCUUCUAUAGUCAUGACGGAAGGUCAACAACAGACAACGCAACUGCUCAGCCCUGCAGUUGACUUUAUCGCCGGUACGGUGGGGGUAGGUGAAUUCCACUUUUUGGCUUCGCCUGAACUGAUUCGAUUACCUAUCUUAACUAAUCUUCCACCCUCUUUAACUCGUGGCCUCCUCUUUCUCCCUGCCGAAACCACGUAUGGGCGGGAACGGACGGAAUAGGGCGUAGCAGGACUCGUGGUUGGGUUUCCUUUCGACACCGUGAAAGUACGACUUCAGGCGGCCUCUGAAUCGACUCGCCGUCAUCGCUUGUCUUCUAUGAACCCUUCGACAUUCCAACUGAUGCUCUCCAUCGCCCGAGAAGACCAACGACUCGGUAUACGGGGUCUCUUUCGAGGAAUAUCAUCUCCUAUAGCGACAGCUGCACCGUUGAACGGGCUAGUUUUUGCUUCCUACAAGUUCUUGUUGAACGUACAGAUGCCAAGAGAAGAAUCGGAGAAGAGAAAGCUCGGAGGCAUUGUGGAUGAAUGGACACCGACGUUGACUCAGAUAGCGAUAGCUGGAAUGGGGUGUGGCGUUAUCAGUUCAAUAAUAACUACCCCUACUGAACUUAUCAAGAUCCGACAACAAACCCGGUCUUCUUCUUCCUCUUCAUCCACCUCUAAGCUCCCAACUGCUAGGGAAGUAGCACUUGACAUAUAUAGGCGCAAUGGGAUCAGAGGUCUGUACCGAGGAAUAACCGCCACUGCGUUAAGAGACCUUGGUUAUGGGUCCUAUUUCUUCGCAUAUGAAGCAACAUGUCGAUACCUCCCACCCCUGUCAUCCCGACUUUCUGCAAUCUCUUCAUCGUCUUAUCACUCGGAAACCGGCGCGCUCGUACAUGAGUUCGAUCAUCGACCGGAAAGCUCGUGGACGACGUUGUUGGUUGCUGGGGGUGUUGCCGGCAUUGCUGGAUGGAUAUUCACUUUCCCUAUGGACGUUGUGAAGACGAGGGUUCAAGGGAACGAUGGGGGGCUUUAUAUCAAUGUUGGUGCUACGAAUCACGUUCCAUCGCCAGCUCAUCCACACGCGAGCGGUUCUUAUAGCAGCUUGUCUGCCUCAUCAAGUUCCUCCUCCCACAUGCCCAAUUUUGCUUACAAUCAAGCGCUUCGCACGUACGCGUCCUCAUCACCGAUAGCGGUAAACCCGUAUCAUAACACAUUGAGUACCAUCGUGAACUCGUACAAAGCGGAAGGAUGGGGAGUGUUUUGGAAAGGGCUGGGGCCCACGCUUUUGAGGGCUGUACCUGUUAACAUGGCUACGUUUGCGGUGUUUGAAGGGCUUGUUUUUGCGUUGUCGUGAGUGGAGGUGAGAGUGCGGCGGUUGGUUUGACAGUUGACGAUUUCUCACUCGGAUAGAUUUUUGAACUCGUUCCGUUUCACAUUUGCAUACCCAACCACUAAUAGCACUAACAAGUAUUCGUAUUUUGUAGAUGUAGAACGACAAGUGUAUAUAUAUAUAAUCCUAAUCCUAAAAGACGUCCGUUUGUCCCAGAUCACAAAGUUGGG